GCGCUGGCUGUGCGUACUCGCUUGGCGUUUGCGGGUCAAAAUUUGUUUGCGUUUCACCGUGUGGCGGCGUCGACCUGGCUCGGGCGGCCGCUCAUGUUUCUUCGCGGCGGCUGCGCGCUGCUGCUGCUUGCAACUGCCCCCGUGACACUGACACAAACCAAUGGCGUCUCGGUGCUUGUGAGCUCGGGACGUCCGUUCUACGAAGCGUUCGUACUCGCAGGCGAAGCCAACUGGAUCACGUACGUCAUGUACGAGUGCCAGCUCGUGUUCCACCCGGAUGGCUCGAUGGGCGCGGCAGCCGUCAUCUGGUGCAUCUACAGUCUUCUGGACGUGCUGGCACCGGUCACCGUGACUACCACACUAGAGCGCAACUGCUCGAGCACCGACUACAUCUACACCCUAAAGUGCACACACGGCGCCAUCUCCAUCGGUAGCUUACAGCGUCUCUACGUGCUUCUCGGGAUCCAAGCUGCCGGUCUCCUUAUUACUGUGUUUUGGCAACACCACCGCACACGAAUCGACAAUCGACGCCCAAUUACCGCUCUCUUCACCGGCGUCGCGAGCGCACUGCUUCAUCACGAGCUCGACGACAUUGGCUACAUCCUCACAGGACUGAUCCCACUGCAGCCAGAUCGCAUCUUCUUUGACGUCAAGCUGUGGGUCAUCGUACGUGUGACCCAAGAACCUGUAGCGCCGGCCACCGUUGCGGCCGACCCACUGCGAUUUCCAGCAUCACCGUGGCAUGCACGGAUUAGCGCUGUCGCUGGCUUUCUUUACGUUGUGGCGGCUGUCAGUAGCAGCUACUCGUACUUGCAGAUCGCCAAGCGCACGCUUGUCAACGACCUCAUCUGGCCCGGCUUCAGCCUCUCGAGCACUCAUGUCUUCUUGUCGAACUGCCUCUGGGGUCGUAUCGCUAUGAACCAAACAGACGGAGACUUUGCGCUCACUGAUCCGUCCAUCAACGCGGUUGGCUCGACAGUUGCGUUAACCACGAGCUCCCCGACCCACUUUGGUGCCCGCAUGCAAUACUCGACGCUGACGACGCUACUCGAUGCUGUGCACGGUCUACGAGCUACUGAUGCCUGCGACACACCCUGGAUCUUUACACCCUACUGCUACCUCGAUUUUGGUGGCGUCUGGGACUUGGCUGCCACCGCCACGCGCCAAGCGCGCUGUCGUCGCAUGAUGGCGACCAACGCUGCCGUGUACCUCGAGUCGCUGCUUCGUAACGUCAAGUGGGACGACUGGGUCACUUGCUGGGGUCCUUCGUUCGACUCUGCUUUUGGCAUGCAUCUCGCAACGACGCGCCAAGGACAAGCCUUUCUAGCCUCAGUGAGCCAGCCACGCCUCUCGAUUGCAGACGAAGUUAGCUACUGGCAGCGCCACGGACUCGAAUCGUACGAGCUGCAGUGGCAAAACUUCAAAGUCAUCGGACUCGACAACACCUACAGCAUUGUCAAUGCGCUCGGCCUCUCGUAUCCGUUUACGCUUCAGCGGAGCCAGGGCUACUUUCGUCGUGAGUUUCAGACGACCUACAAGCUCUACUGGUCGCUCGCCAACGAUCUGGCCAACCUGCGAAACCAAACGAGCUUGUUGCGAGCGUCCCCCGCCUUUGCAUAUGCCAAUGCGUCGUUGGAAGACGUCUACUUGGCGAACGCCACCUUUCUGACGGCGCCACUACCAGCAGGAUAUGCAGUCGUUCGUGCAGCGCUAGGUCCGUUUGGUGCGAUCGAUGCCACGUACGUCGAAGUACCGAGGGUCGUCCGCGCUGUUGCUCGGGACAUCAUGUCAGCCGUCGCAACCCAUCGUGCGAGGUCAUUGAAGUUGCAGGCUGCCUACGCGACACUGCAAGUGAACUUUCUCGAUUUGCUCGUUCCAGCACCGUGGUUGAAGCUUGGCUUUAGCACCGUCGGGGGCUCGCUUCUCUGUUCGGACCUGAUGAUGGCGAGUUCGAGCCCGAUCUCGGUGGGUCUUUUGCGCCUUUUCCUCUUUGAGAGCAAGUGCACGGGCGGCGUGCUCUCGUCGACACUCUCGUCGACGCCGGAUGGUUGGGUGUUUGCAGCGCUUUUCUCCAACACGAGCGCUUCGGAGCACUGCGUGCAAGUGCCCAAUGCAGCCGCCCAGUGCCGAGCUACUUUUGCCGCCGUCACACAAUGGACGGCGACGAUGGCGCCUCUCAACAUAGCGUCGCUGUCGACAGCCAUGGACGCGCUUGUGGCGCUCAACAUCUCCCUCAUGCAGUACGGAACUCUGCACUCCACGGCCCCCCUCGCGCUCUUCACGACUCCGAUUUUCGACGAGCUUUUUGCCUUUUUUGGCUCAAUGUUUGUGCUCGACUGGCUGCGCGGCCAGCGGGAUGUCGUGCGGUUCACAGGCGACCACGGAUCGCUCACGCUUCUCUCGGACCUCAUCGUCCGAACGAUCGAGCCGGUUGAAGCUGCGGAGCUUUCGUCGAUGUUUGCCCUCUACGCCCACGCCACCGUCCAGUACAUUACCUUUGUCAUGGCAGGGCUGGCCGCCGUUGCAGGCUUGUACAUUGUUGUUAGCCGUGGCCGCGUCGAAGGGCUCAACAUGCUCGAGCUCAGUCGCGUCGGUGGCAUCGUCUGGGUCGGUCGUCCGCUCUUGGUCGUCCGUAGCGUCUCUGCGCUCUGUCUCUUGUCGACGGCGACCACACUGUCGCUCCACUAUCCAAGUCCGUACCUCGUAUCGUUUGCGACCGAGGCUUCAUCGGCGCUCACAACGUGCUUGGCAGCGAGCGAGGUCACGUGGCUCGUUGGCAUUCUCAACGACAUCUGUCUCGCCAUCACACGCGAGCACUCGACGCGCUACACGACCAUCAACAGUCUGCUCGUCUGGUCGAUUGCAGCUUGCCUCACAUCCCUUCAGCCUGUUGAGCACCGGGCGACUAUGGACUUUCGCUGCGUCUCUACGGCGCUCGAUUUCCAAGUCGACUGCUCAACAGGCUCCAUCGCGAUCGGGUUUCUCGAUCGCGUUUUGCUCUUAAUCGCGGUGAUCGUCGCCUGCAACGGCGUCUGCUACGGUCUUGUGCGAGCCUUGUGGCCAGUCUCGGCAUCCCUACGCCGCAGCCAGUCGCUCCUGCUCACGGCGGGCGCCAAGUACCUCUUCACGCACGACGGGUGGCUGCUUGGCGAUGUCUACUACAUGGAUCGCGCGUCGGCGCUGCUGAGCGGUCUCCUGACGGUCUCGGUGCGCGGCUCUCUCGUGCUCUUUGACGUCAAGACCUGGCGAAUGCAGCCAGUGCACUCGAAGAAGCCGACCACAGAUGACAUCCUCCCUCCUCGGUUUGAGACCGCGGUACCGCUUCCCGACACGCCGAUUGCUCACUUUGUCUAAGUCGAGAUGGAUAAGAAAAUAGCCUCGUUCAUAUCGGAAGAGGUUUGCUAGCA